AUGGCUCUGCUGAAGGUUCUGCUGCUGCUGGGGCUGGGAGUUUCAGUGAACUCAGAUGUUUCUCUGCAGAAGAGAAUCAUUGGAGGUCAAAACUGUGAUGACACAAAGCGUCUUUAUCACGUUCGGCUGGAGAGCAGCAAUGAUACUCAUAUCACCCGCUGUGGAGGAUCUCUGAUCCACCCUCAGUGGAUCCUAACUUCAGCUCACUGCUGGAAGGCUGAGCCAGGAUGGACUAACGUAGCAGUGUUGAAAGUUCAUCCACGGACUGCUGGGGAGCAGAGACAGAUUAUCCGACAAGCUCCUGUGAUUUAUAGUCAUAAUUUCCAGCACCAUGACAUCAUGUUGCUGAAGCUUGAGACACCAGUAACAGAUGUCCCACUUCCUCGGCUACCAGACCGCAGGUAUCGUCUUAGUAGAGGCAGUGUUGUUCAGCUGGCAGGAGAGGGAACAACAACCACCGGCCCCAACAAUCAACGAUUAACCCCCGAUGCUGCUAUUCCACCACAUCUUCAAUGUGUCAACAUGGAAGUUGUUGAUGUUUCCCUCUUCAUGCCAUUAACUGGGGCUAUAUUCCGUGCUAAAGCACCGAACAAGGAUGUCUGCUAUGGCGAUGAUGGUGGAGCAGCGAUGCUCAGCGACAUGAUUUAUGGUGUGAUUUCUUUUGGUGGAGCAUACUACGCAUGUCAGAGACCUGCUACAAUCUUGGAUGUGUGUGAAUACAAGGACUGGAUUAAAAGUAUUACUGGGCGUCAAUAA